CAGACCUCUCGUACCUACCUCUAUGUUUACGUGCUGGGAUUCGGAGAGCAGCUUGUCGAACGCGUGCAGACGGUCUUCGUGUGCGCACCUCCAUGGUGACUUUAUUGGAUUGAUCUUGUGUUGUGCUCGCAUGGUGCCCAGGGAUGCACAUCUGCUGCAAGGUUUUGGCGUGCCUGCCUAGGCAUCAUCGAGGAGGUGUUAUCUCUUAGGGCAUGCAAACCAGAGGAGUUUAUUGUUUAGGGAUCUCAAUCUGAAGAGCGACCACCAUGUCAGAGGAGCACCACAGGGUCCAGCAGACCCUGCUGGUCCGAGGAAACGCGCUGGCAAAGCUGCAGGCAGACCUGAAGGCGUAUUCCACACGACAAGGCUCCUUUGCUCUGGAUGUAAACGAGCAGGUUCAGGCAACCAAGCUACCCCCCUAUAUCAUCCACCCUCUUGACAAGAGCUACCAGCAAUGGAGCGACUUCCUGCUGCUCUGGGUACUGUACACUGCCUGGGUUGGGCCAUUCGAGUUUGCCUUUGUUCCCAGAAAUGAAAGCCUAGGCUUGACAAUCAGCGACAGCGUAUCGGACUUCUUCUUCAUCUGCGAUCUGGUCAUCACCUUUUUUGUCGCUUACUAUGACAAGAACACGGCUGAGCUCAUCGUGGACCAGAAACAAAUUGGCAUCAAGUACCUCCGCUCGUUCUUCUUACUGGACCUGCUGUCAUGCAUCCCAUUCCGCUCCGUGCUGCGUGGCACAGCUCACGGUACUUCCACGCAUCUCAUCUUCCGGAUCCUCGGGCUGCUGCGCCUGUGGCGGCUCAGACGACUUUCCCGCCUGUUUGCCAAAUUGGAGAAGAACAUCCGCAUCAACUAUUUCUGGACACGUACCGUCAAAUUUGUCCUGGUCAUCAUCUUAGCGGCCCACUUCGCGGGGUGCUUCUUCUACUUUUUGGCGACCACGUACCCGGUUGCGUCCCAGAGUUACACCUGGAUCGGAUCGGAUACGGACGACUUCCGGGCCUUCUCUUUGUACCGCCGUUACAUUACGUCCCUGUACUUUGCAGUCGUCACGCUGACCACGGUCGGGUAUGGCGAUUACUCACCGCAGUCGGUGCGUGAGAUCUCGUUUGCCAUCUUCUACAUCAUCUUUUCGAUGGGCCUCACCGCUUAUGUCAUCGGCAACAUCACGGCGCUCAUCCAAAAGUCAUCUGCCCGGACGCUACAAUACCGCCAGAACCUCAAAGACCUCCACACCUACUGCGUGUACAACAACCUUCCCGCUUCGCUGCGCUCCGAGAUGGUCGAAUUCAUGCAGCUCAAGUUCCGCAUCUCGGAGAAGCGCCGCGACGUGCUGGACCAGUUCCCGCGCCCGAUCCGCGCGCGCGUCGCUAAGUUGCUGCAUCGGGGCUACUUAGAAGGCGCGGAUCUGUUUCAGGGUUGCUCGCCCGAGAUGCUCGAGCAGAUGGAAGCUGACGUGGAGGUGGAGUACUUUAUGCCCAACGACAUUCUGCUCGCCCAGAAGGACAUCCACCCGCAGCUCUACAUCCUUACUGCGGGAAUACUGGAGCUUUCCGUCGCUGACAUGGGCGCGUCCCGCGCGAUCGGCCUGUGGCGGCCCGGCCAGAGCGUGGGUGACGUGGCGCUCCUGUGCGGCAUCCCGCAGCCGUUCACGUGCAAGGCGAUCCAGCUGUGCCGUGUCCUUGCGGUAAAGCGGCAGGUGUUCAAGGAUCUGUUACAGAGCUUCCCGCAGGAUGCACAGCAGAUGGCCAGCAACCUGCUCAAGACAAUCAGAACGGAGGACGACCAGCACUUGACCGAUUUGGCCGACGAAGUCUCCAGAGUGGUCGCCAGGAAAGAAGAAGAGAUGGUGGUCCAGUUGUGUGCUGCAGCGGCAACCGGGGAUUUGCGAACGGUUCGACAGCUCAUGCUCAGCGGAAUUGACCCAAACGCUGGCGACUUUGAUGGGAGGCGGCCAAUUCAUGUUGCUGCGGCGAUGGGCUACGAUGACUGCGUUCGCUUUCUUAUCAGCAACGGGGCGGACGUGAAUGUCAGAGACAAAUUCGACGCCUCGCCCCUUUCGGAAGCGCUCCGCUUAGGUCAGCACUCCACUGCGGAGCUUCUCCGCGAGCAUGGCGCUGACGUCACUCCACGUGUUGCGUCCUACGACCUCUGCACUGCCGUGGCGAGCGGGAAUGCACGCAACGUGGCACUGCUGCUGGCGUUUGGAGCGGACCCGAACUGCUUCGAUUUCGACGGGAAGACGCCGCUCCAGAUCGCCGCCACCUUGGGCAAUCAAGAGGUCGUAAACCUACUCUUACGCCACGGAGCCCAGUUCGACGCCACUCCCUCGGGCCACAUCGGAGCAUUCAGCACCGACGUGGUGUCAUCCCUCGAGGAACUCGAGCGGCUUCGCAACACGGACAGCCCUUCCGAAGGCCCGCACUUGAACCACGUGGGCUCGAUGCGAGAUAUGGCAGCUCAAAGCGCGCAGCCUGGUAGCCCGCAGGAAGAGAUAAUGGGCAUCUUUGCGCUGGACGGACGGACGAGCCGGGCGCUCGAUGCGGACAGUCUGGCGGCAGAAAAGCCGUCGGAAGGGGCUGUACCCGGAAGCGACGCUCGUAAUGGGCGGUUAGGGGAUAACCCGGUGCCAAACCCCGAGGCCGAGCAAACGUUCGAGCCAGAAACGUACUGGGACUCGGAGCUCACGCUCAAUAGCCGGAUGCAAAUACCGACUUCGACGACAGAAGAGUUAAAAGAGCCCGAAUCCCCCCUCGUACACCCGACUCCCGUGCGCCCCUUCCAACUGCCUCCGACGCUCCUUAUAAACCCACCAGUAACCACGUCUCUCCCGUCCCAAGCCUCAGUUGCUAGCGAACCGCCGCCCCGAACUGAGCCGUUCGGGCUAACCAUCCGGACGCCGCCACCUGUCUCUCGGAGCUGCACUCCGCCACUGCCGUCCCCCGGGCUCCACCGGACGCCGCUGUCCAGUCCGCAGCUCUCGUUGAGGUCCGAUUCGGACGUCCCAAGCCGGUACCGAGAGAAAGAGAGCGAAGAGAAGCGUUCCGGGGAAGUGCUUCCGUUGCUGAAGGCCGCACACCAGGCGCGGAACAAAGCCCAGAGUAGAGCGGAAGCCAGGCGGGUGGUCGUGCACCCGUUGGAAGCGCCCGAGGGAAGAGCGUUGGGGGGCGGGUUGGUUUUGGCUCUUGAGGGGACGAGAAACGACUUGCUUCGAGUUGCAGAGACCGAGUUUGGUUACACUGCCACGCGGCUACUUGAUGAGAGCGGUGCAGAGAUCCGUGACGUCAGCCUGUUGCGGGAUGGGGACCACAUCUAUCUUGCAGGCGCGGCCACAUUACCGAUACGACCAGGCUCGAACGCUAGUGUUGAACACAGACUUGGAGAACUGCACGAGUUGAUGGCUGAUCUACAAAGGGAUCUCCGAGCUCUUCGCUCAGGCAGAGUUGGAACGCUUUGAGGGCGAGGAAGGGUGUUACUGCUGGGAGUCUGGCAAGAUUGCAAAUUGCCUGAAAAGAGCUUUGUGGGAUCGAAGGUUGCAUCAAAGGUUGCAAGCUCCACAAGCUAUUCGUCAAACGAGGUAAUAUUGUACACAGUAGUAAAGGGCCUCAUUUGAUUCUUGCAUGCUAGUCAAAAGUAAGAGUGGAGCACGAUGAAAUGGCUGCAAGACAAACGUCCUAAUAGAAUGUCCAACAACGUUCGUAUUUCUAGAAGAUGGGGGAAACAUCAAGGUUCAACUUCUUUCGAUCGAUCACUUAAUUAGUGUCAUGACUGCAUUCACUGCAUUUGCAAUCAACGUCUGCUCAUACCAAGCAACUACGAGACAGAUAGAGGCCGUCAAUCGAGAACUUUCUAUAGUAUAGUGUAUAGUGUAUAGUGUAUAGUAUCAAGGAAACUCUCGCCAGCUUCGCAAGUAGCCGCCAUGAAUUGUGUACCUUUGCGCACGGUAUACGGUUUCAGUUUUGGUCAGGUGGGUUCAUAUCGACGAA